AUGGCCUUCUCAACCGCAUCCAUCGCCUACCCUAGUGGGCCGGCGCCGUGGGAGAUCUCCGUCUUUGAGCCCGCGGACUUCUUCCAGUACGGCGUCGCGCCUGGGCUCGGGGACCUCGCCUCCGCCAACCCCUCCGCCCCCGCGGACAAUUGGCUGGCUGGCACGGGGGGAGAUGGCGGCUUCGGCAUUGACCUGGCUGGAAUAGAAUGGGCCGCGGGCGCCCGUGCCCUGCCCGACACCAACUUCGGAUUUACAGAUGUUAUGCAGAAUGAUGUUUUUGGUAAGCCCCGUCGCCACGUCGAGCUCGGGAACAGACUAUUAAUAGGCCCCCCUCCUGCAGACCAACUACUUGCAUCCACACUCCCUAGUACCACCUCUGGACUCACUGUCACUGUACCUUCUUCAUCCUACACUCCCAUGUACCACUCUUCUGCCUCAUCCCUCUCUCCUGAUCUGUCCCCCGAGCCAGCCUUCGCGCCGGUCUCGACAGAGUCCCAGGGGCAACGCACCUCUCGUAAGCGUUCCCCUCCGGCGGACCCUGAGACCGCUCUGAAGCGCCAGCGAAACAACAUCGCUGCGCGCAAGUAUCGUCAGAAGAAGAUCGAUCGCAUCAGUGAGCUGGAGGACGAGCUCAAGGGGGUCAAGGACGAACGGGAUGACUUGCGUGUCAAGCUCGCUCGUCAGGAGGCGGAGACGGCUGCUCUGAGGAGCCUGUUGAAGAUCAAGGCUGGUAUAGAAUUAUAG